CUUUCCCAUACCCCACUAGCUUCUUGAUCACUCACAAUGGCUCCUGGUAUGGACUACGCCCCAAAAAGCACAGAGAAUUCCUCUGUCUCCUCCGUCGUUCAUGGCGUCUCCAAUGGCAUUGAUAGCAUCCCCCCCGCUCUGACGGACUCCGCAGCCAAGCCCUACUACAAUGCCCGCUUGGACCCAAAGAACUACCUCGAGGGCGAGCUCUCCUGGAACCCUGCAACAAGGUUGCGGCAGAUGCUUGCUCGCCCCGGUAUUGUGGUCGCUCCCGGAAUAUGUGAUGGGAUCAGUGCUCGGUGCGCGUUGGAGGCAGGAUUCACCUGCCUCUACCAAAGCGGUGCCGCCACGACUGCCUCCCGCCUUGGCGGACCUGAUCUUGCCAUUGCCACCCUCAAUGACUUCGUCCAGAGUGCGCAAAUGGUCUGCAGCUUGGACCCAACAUGCCCAGUAAUUGCUGACGCCGACACUGGAUUCGGUGGCCCUGCUAUGGUGGCUCGCACAGUCACUCAAUAUGCCCGCGCGGGCGUUGCGGGGCUCCACAUCGAAGAUCAAGUUCAGACUAAGCGCUGCGGUCAUCUUCUUGGCAAGCAGGUUGUCUCGCGCGAGGAGUUUGUCACCCGCAUCCGUGCGGCGGUCAUCGCCAGGGAUUCCAUUCCUGGAGGCUCAGAUUUUGUCAUCAUUGGGCGCACGGAUUCGGCCCAGGUCCUUGGAAUGGAGGAAGCCAUUUACAGGCUGAAGCUUGCUGCUGAUGCGGGUGCUGACGUCUGCUUCAUCGAAGGCGUGCGCACCAAGGAGCUCUUGGAGUCCACUGUUGCAGCCCUCGCUCCUAAGCCAGUUCUUGUGAAUGUUAUCUCCGGUGGUCUUACCCCUUCGUUCACUACGAAGGAAGCCGAAGAGAUGGGUGCGAAAAUCAUUAUUUUCUCGCUUGUUUCUUGCGUUGCUGCCGUACACGGAAUUCGGGCUGCCAUGCAUUCCCUCAAGAAGACUGGCACAGAUUUCGAUUCGGCCAGGGGUAUGGACCCCAAGGCGUUCUUCGAGGUUAUGGGUUUGAACGAUGUCAUCCGGCUCGACGCUCAGGCCGGCGGAACCGCGUUUGAGGUCGUCUGAAAUUGGCCAGCAGACUGCCGAAUACUGUAGACGGCUUGUAGGCUUCCGUUGCUUUUUUUUUUCUGCGUAUAGAUCAUUGGGUUUGGGUCUGGAUUAUGUUGGUUUCUCUAUACCGCCGAGGUGAUUAUAUGUCUGUACUGCCAUUAGCAUCAUCACAUCAUCUCUAUUUGAUUAUGAGCACUGUUGUUAUGCCUUGUAGGAUCUAGUUACAAUGAUUUAUAAACACACCGUUGAUACACG